AUGGCUUCGCCGCCGGAAACCACACCCGUCGAGGUCAAGCCGACCCAAGUACACGCCCAACCUCAACCACAGCCGCAGCUGGAGAAGAGCGACGACACCACCUCGACAGAGGUGCCCACCCACGACCCCAUUGAUGAGAAGGCAUCAGUCGAUAGAGAUAGAGCCUUUGAUGAAAAGACACUCGACGACGGCGCAGCGGAGAAGCCCGUCGAGAAAAGUCAAGAUGAGCCAGCCGCGGAUGCAAACGCCAACGGCUCCGUCGAAGAUGAAUCCAUCUACCCCAAAGGCCUCAAGCUCACGCUCAUUCUCACUUCACUGUGCCUCGCGGUUUUCCUCGUCGCCCUCGACCAGACAAUCAUCGCCCCGGCCCUGGGCGCCAUCACGGCGCAGUACAACUCGGUCGGCGACAUCGGCUGGUACGGCUCUGCCUACCUCUUGACCACGACAGCGCUGCAGCCCCUCUAUGGUGCCAUUUAUAAGCAUUUCAACGUCAAGAUCGCCUUUCUCAUCGCCAUCUUCAUUUUUGAGGGUCGGCAGCGUCGUCACCGCUGCCGCGCCCACCUCGACCGCUUUCAUCAUCGGUCGUGCGGGUUGCUGGCAUCGGCACAGCUGACGGGGCUCAUGGACGGCGUCCGCAAGAACGUGCCGGGCAUCGAGCCGCGCAUCUUCAUCAACUCUGGAGCUGAUCAGGUGCGGGAGCUUCUCGAGAGAUUGGGAAGGGAGGAUGCGCUGGGUGACGUUCUCGAUGCGUACAUGGUCGGACUCCGGGAUACGUUCUACGUCACUCUCGCGUGUGCGGCUGUUGCUUUUGUGGCGUGCGCUGGUUUGGAGUGGAAGAGCGUCAAGAAGGAUGGAAAGGGGGCAGCCGUUGUGGCCGCCGUCUAG